UUUCGAUUUUUCCAGCAUGACCUUAUAUCCAUCUUUUGGCUAAAUGAAUUUUAUAUUUUUCGUCAUUCAUUACAGGGUGAUUUCUAUGUUAAAGUCUACAUAUGCUUAAUUUGAAGUUUAAAUUGAGUAAAUUUUCUUAUUAUUAUUCAUUAUUAUUUAUAUUUUUUUAAUUCUCUUCUUCCAUUUAACUUAUUUCUUAUUCCACUUACUAGUCUAUAUGAAAAGGAGAUAUUUCAUCAUAUUAAGAUAUUACAUCGUCUUCUAUAAUUUAGUUUUCUUAUUCAAUAUUCUUUAGAGGAUUAUGAGAUUUAAAAGUUAAUUAAAAUGUACAUUUCAUUGAUUUGAAAUGCUUGCAUUAGAUUUAUAUUUUAGUAUUAUUUAUAUUUUUUAAGGUCAUUUAGACUUAUUGUAAACUUUCAAUUUCUUU